GCUCCGCCACCACACAACUCCCAGUUAGACUUAAAUUAAUAACAAAUCUAACACCUAAUUUCACAAAAUAUAUCUUGAUGUAAGGUAUGAGGAGAAGAGGAGAGAGUGAGCGAUGAGUGAGCGAUGAGUGAGUGAGAGUGAGAGGUGAGUGAGAGAGUGAGGAGUGAGUGUGUGAGAGUGAGAGGUGAGGGGGGACUAGAUGGUGUGGCGGAGGAUCGACGUGACGCGACUGUUUACAACAUGGCCGCCACGAUGACAAACUAACACUUCCCCAGAGCGAUGAACAUGGAUCCUACGCCCCGCAACUCUAACUUAGCCAGCCAACGCAUGAUGUCUUGUGGAUUCCUGGACUGUGGCUACGUGUAUCAGUGUGUUAUUGAGGCCAAGAGGCACCAGGAACGGUGUGAGAAGACUGUCAAGUGUGGUAGCUGGGCGGCCAGACGGCCCUGGCGCGUAGGUCUACAUCACCCACAUAUUACCUCUCCCUCCUGCACUUAUCUGUUGCUUUAAGGAACAUUGAAAAUGAGUGUGUGGAUGGGGUCCCAGUCUGGUGGGUGGCCAGGGGGCACAAAUAUGAACCGUCACGACAAGGUUCAAGUGGUGCCGCAAGUUACACUGCAGCUUGACGUCCAUCCCCCUGUGUUGGAUACUUGUGGACUUGAAGUGCCAAGAAAGUCGUACUCCAAGCCAGGUGGAGGUUCGGAAAAACAAGGAGGAAAGGGUGCACAGUUUUGGAACUCUUUGCGCACAGUAUACAACAGCAUCUGUUCAGUGAGAACCCCUGUCACCUGGGUCAACCCAGAGGCUGUUGCUCAGCAUCACCCUCUGCCAAGUCAGUUUACUCCUCAGAUCCCCUAUCAGUGCAGUAUGGAAAGAAUGUGUGAACCCACAAGUGACCUGUGGUAUCCAGUGCAACAUGCAAGAUCACAAUUUGACUUCUUGGACCCUCUCACAAUGUGGCAGAAUCCUUCCUUUAUGCAUGACAUUUUGCCUACUCCCUAUGGCACCCAACUACCACAAAAAGUGUGCAAACCACUGAACCCUGAAGCCAAGGAGUGGGUACCUAAAGAGUACGCUAAGGAUUGUGUGUCUUCCACCUCAUUCCCGUCUACGACCACCUCUGAGUGCUUGAAAACUGAAGAACCAGUAGUGUCCUUUGACUUGCAGAAAACUGAUUUCUGUGAGAUAACCAACAGUGAAGUUGAAGCUAUUCGAUUGAUGGAAAACAGUAGUCUUAACAAUAUCCAAGACGGAAUGCUAGAGGUUGAAGAGGAAGGAGUUGAAGUAGAGGAGGAGGAUUUUUUUUCAACUACGGAAGGAUUUGACAUCAGUUCUCCGAGUGAAACACUUGUGGUCGUUCCUAGUGCUCAAGUAAUGAACAGCCACAUGGCUAAGAGCUGCUCAUCCCCUGAUCAUGGGGUUACUGAGAUUAAUAUCUGUGAUAAUAAUAUGGUUAAGGAUAAUAGACCUUUAAGUUAUGCCAGUAUUGUAGGCAAAAUGGCUUCCGUGCCUGAACCCUCAACUGCUGCUGUUCAGAAGUCUGCACAGAACAAGGUCAGGAAUGGUCCAGUGGAGCAGCACAUACCACACAUUUUUACUAGUGACAAAAAGUACCCUAAAGAAAAGGCUGCACCAUCUGUAGAUAAUAACAACAGCAUCCCCCCCCUGUUCAAGAAAGUAACAAGAAAUCAGAAAAAAUGCAGUCAAAAUUUUCUGAAGGAGCUUAAGGAAUCUAGCCCAGUCAAAAGCAAAGAUUAUGGAUCGGCAGUUAUUGAGCUUGACCUUAUGUGUUCCAUCCCUGAAAUUUCAUCACCUCCCAAAUUAUCUUCAACAGUUACAACUUGUCCAAUGGAAUCCCCAUUAACAGCUUUGCCAAAUGAUAAACUUCAGUCAACAGAACUGAAGAUGCAACGUUCUUGUAGCGAGAGCAGCUCAAACGGCUCUCGUCAUCGCACCGUGAGUGAAUCUAGCAUUACAAGUGUAGAGAGUGUAGACAUUGAAUUUGGAGAUGAUGUGGUGGACAGAAGCUGUGCAGUGAUAAAUAUUUGUAUCCUACCUGAACAAAUUCAACCAAAAUGUAUUGAAAGUAAAAAAUAUUCAAAUAAUGCUCUAGCUCAUAUUCUUGGCUGUGAUGACUCUGAGAGUGAAGAUUCUGAUGAAGACUCUGAGGAUUCUGAUAGUGAUUGGGAUAAUGUGUGUGUCAACAGUACAGAGAGUUUUGACCUUGAUGAUACCUGGGAAACUUUUGGAAAUUGUCUUCUGACUCCAGAAGCUGGAAAACCCUCAAAGUUGUCAUCAUCAUCAGCAGAGGAAAACAUCACCAUAGGUUCUCCUGUAAAGUCAAGUUGUGACCCUGCAAAUGAAGAGGAUCAUACAUUUACAGGAGUUACCUUGGAAGAAAUCAACAAAAGGUGGAAUGAGGACAUAGAAAAAGAUGUUUUGGGUAGUAGAGAGAGGAAGGUGAAAUUUGGGGAAACAAACAUUCAUCCCAUUAUUGCUUGGGACUUUGCAUACAAAAUGGCAAGAAGAGGCCCAUGGGAAAUGUAUGCUCGGGACAGAAUGCGGUUCCAACAUCGCAUUGCAUCCCUUGAGCCAAUAAUUUCUCCUGUACUGCAGGCUGACCAUAGAGAGGUAUUUUACAAGAAGCAGCAAAGUGAGGCAUGUUGUCUCAGCUAACAGUACCUUAUCUCUAGUCUUAAUAUACAUUUAGAUAGUUCUUUGUUAGAUAAUCAAGGAUGGAGCAUGGUAUGGCAAAAUAUAAUUCAUUCUGAUGAUUAAUUAGAAGUGUGGCAGUGCGGUUGUGUGGUUGGUCUACCAUGUGGGAUAGAGUUUGCAUGUUCCUGAUGUCAAACUUUUCAGUUGUAUUAAUGUUGCUGUAAUAUUAUUAUUAUUAUUAAUCUUUUUCUAGAUUUUCAAAUGUUGGUCAUUUGCAAGUUUCCUUUUUCAUUAAUCAUAGCAAGGAAAAUAGGUACAACUAUUCCACAUGGCAUCUGGCAUUGGUUCUGUUACAGCCUAGAUCUCUUACUGGCAAUAUGGUAUUUUAAUUGCACAUAGUAAACCAAUUCCAUUGUGGAAUUGUAAUAGGUUUGUAAGUGGUGUUCUGCUAAUGAAGUUCUUUGACUUGUGGUGAAGCAACGUUUCUUCUGGAUUAUGAAAGGAGAAAAUUAAGCUUGCAAUUUUCACGAUACAAGGAACAGAGCUGAACUAGAAGCGAGUACAAAUACCAAAGGAAUCAGUUAAGUUUACAUGAGUGGGUUAAGUAUAAUGUUAUGUGUUGGAGGAUGUGAAGUUGACAUUACAUAUGGAAUGUAGGCUGUGAUACACACAGUUAUGUUUUCUUGCCACAUACGAGUUGUGUGAUUGUUGCAUGGCGUGGAUUUACAUCCUGGAGUGAGGUAGGGAAUAGGUAGGUACGGUAUUAGUAAAAAGAAUUUGUGUAGCAUGUAUUGGAAUUAAUAUUUUGCAACAUGUGAAGAUUAAGAAUAUUCGGCAGCAUUCUUCCCAAUAAAUGGCAAGAACACAAUUAUCUGCUGCUAGUGGUAAGCAACUUACUCAUCCUGUGCCUUGCUACAAUCCGCAACAUAGUGUAUGAAGUUUGAAAGCUAUUGUGUACGUGUUUGUAAAUAUGUAGAUAGAAGGUUAAAUAAACAUUAUUAAGGUAGAUGCCAGGAAGGGGAUUGGGGCUACCAAGAUAUUGUAUAGUAGUUAAUGCACUGUUGAUAUUCCAUCCUGUAUAGCAGGUUAUUACAAGGCUGCACACAUCAGUUUCCUGUUGCAGCACUUCUCUCUUAUUGAAGGUUCUACUAAUGAUUAACUGUUUUUGUUUAGGCUUUGUAUAAUCCAUAUAAUUAAACAUUGGAGCUACAGAGGAAUAAACAUUUUGGAUUUAGUUUUUCAAUAUAAAUUUAGGUAUGAAUCACAAAUAGUACAGUAAUGAGAACUUGUCAGGAAUCUGGAGUACAUGUUUUGUUUUUAACAUUAGUUUGUUUACUUCAAAGGAGCAAUUUAGUCAUACACAACUUGUAUUAAUGUUAUGAUGAUGAGCAUUGUUAUCAGUGAUAGUCAUCACAAUUACCAGUGGAACACCUUGUCUGCAAGUUUAGCUGUCAUCAGCCACACCUCAAAUUCUCAUUAGUCUGAAUGUACAAGACUCAUUCUUUAUGUACUUUUGCAGUAACUUUGAUGCAUAUUUAGGAGGUAAUGGUUCACGUGUCGGUGAACUGGUGUACAACUGUGACUAGUUAAUAUAUUUGUAAUGUGAGCUUAAUCUAGGUCAAGCAUUUUUUUUUUAAUGUGACUGCAUACAACCAAUAUAUAAAUACUUAUACAUGUACUGUAUAUUAAUAUAUAACCAAUAUAUAAGUAUUUAUAUAUUGGUUGUAUGGCUUUUAUUUUUUGUGGGAUUAAUUUUGUUUAAUAUUGUAUUUAUUCAGUGAAAUGGGAAAUUGUCAAUUUGAAACUAUGCAUCUAAAGGAAGUGUUUUCUAAGCUAUUUAGUAGAUUGAGUGGAUGGCUUUCGGGUUUCUUGGGCGUUAAAAUGUAACAACAUGGGCCUCGUUACAAGGACCGUGUGUAAGCAACCCUCAAUUCAAUGUUGGGAACAUUUGUGAUGUGUAUUGAAGUCCAACGGACACGCAGUUUAAUUGGUCAUACAUACCCAGGUUCCUGAUCCAUGCUCCAUUCUCAAGAAUUUUGUUUAUAUAUUGUAUACUCUCAGGAAAUCUUCAAUCAUUGCAUAAGAGAGAGAGAGAUUUUAUAUCCCAAAAUUCAUAUAAUAUUGGUAUUUGUUAAUAAAAUAUAUAUAAUUUU